UAUGUGCUGAGUUAAAUGAGGAAGUUUUGGAGGCCGACACAAACUGCACAUACUGGCUUGGUUGCCGGCCGCUCCACCCAUUCCACAGAUGCAGUAUGGGUGUUGUCACAUCUAGGUGUGUCAGCCUCCCGUGCAACAUUUCAAGGCAGAUACUCGGAAAGCAGACAUUCAGAUCUGAUCAUGUCAUACUUCAAGAAAAUCUUCAAGAAAAUCAUCCAUGACAAGUCUGACGAUGACUCGGAUGGACAUGAAGGAAAGGCUCCAGUGAAGCCGUAUCAUGGAACAAUUACCCCACACCCUAACUUUAAUCCCAGUUCGGACGCUUCAGCUCUGCGCAAGGCUAUUGAGUCAAGAGAUGUGGAUGAGGCUACCAUAUUGGAGGUUCUGGUGAAGAGGACCAACGCCCAGAGGCAGGAGAUCAAAGCUGUGUACCAGCAGCAGGCUGGAGAGCCUCUGGAGGAAGCUAUCAAGUCUGCAUUGCGGUCAGACUUUGAGGAUGUCGUCUUGGCUUUACUUAUGACUCCAGUCCAGUAUGAUGCCUAUGAACUGAAACACGCUAUGAAGGGUUUUGGUACGUGUGAGUGCAUCUUGAUAGAAAUCUUGGUGUCCAGGUCAAAUGAAGAAAUCAGAGCAAUUAAGAAGCUCUUUCAAGAUGUCUAUGAUGAAAGCCUGGAGGAGGACAUUAAGAGUGACACAGAUGGAGAUUUACAGGAUGCCUUGCUAGCCCUUUGUAAGGCUGACCGGAGUGAGGAUACCGACAUGAGGGACAGCGUUGCCAAAAGUGAUGCCAGGGCUCUUUUUGAAGCGGGAGAAAAUAAGCUGGGAACUGAGACUUCCGUCUUCAUUGAUAUUUUCACCUCCAGGAGUGGACCCCAGCUCUGUAAAAUAUUCAAGUACUACACUGCACAAGGAGACUCAACACUGGCUGAAGUAGUCGCUGAGGAGCAUACUGGAGACAUUGAUGACUGUCUCAUGGCCUUGGUGAAGUGUGCCUGGAACAAGCCGGCCUACUUUGCUGAGAAGCUUCAUCUGUCAAUGAAGGGCUUUGGGACCGAUGAUGACACCCUGACUAGGAUCAUCGUGAGCCGUUCUGAGGUGGACCUGAAGAAGAUCCUAAAUGAGUAUAAGAGGAUGUAUAAGAGGACUCUACAGCAGGACAUUCUGGACGAGACUAAAGGACAUUUUGAAAAGAUCCUUCUUGGCAUAUGUGGAAAUAAACUCUUUAAGAAGGUGACAGAUGAUGAAUCAGACCAGGACUUGGACAUGUUUGUUAAAACCCCUGUGAAGCCUCCAUACUAUGGCACAGUCACCCCACAGCCCCACUUCAGCGCCAUCAGAGAUGCGGCGGCACUACAGAAAGCCAUCGAGGCCAAAGGUGUAGAUGAGGCCGCCAUUAUAGAGCUGCUGGUGAAGAGGAGCAAUGACCAAAGACAGCAGAUCAAAGCUGCCUAUGAGCUGGACACUAGAAAGCCUCUGGAGGAGGCUUUGAAAAAGGCCUUGAAGUCGGACUUUGAGAAUGUAGUCCUGUCACUGCUCAUGACCCCUGCCCACCAUGAUGCUCAUGAACUCAGAGAGGCCAUGAAGGGUUUGGGGACUAAAGAGCAGGUCUUGAGUGAGAUUCUGAUCUCCAGAUCAAACAAACAAAUCAAAGAAAUUAAAAAGGUCUUCAAGGAAGUUUAUGACGAGGAUCUGGAGCAGGACAUUAGAAAUGACACCAGUGGAGAUUUUAUGACAACUCUACUUGCCCUCUGUAAGGCGGAUCGUAAUGAACAGUAUUAUAUUGAUGACGACAUUGCCAACCAAGAUGCAAAGGCUCUAUAUGAGGGAGGAGAGAAGCAGAAAGGAACGGACACUGCUGUCUUCAUCGAUAUCUUCACCAACAGGAGCGGACCUCAGCUCUGCAAGGUGCUGAAGCUGUAUUCCCAGUACAGUGACGUGGGUUUGGCUGAUGCAGUCAUGAAUGAGUUAAAGGGACAUACAGAGGACUGUUUCAUGGCAUUAGUGAAGUGUGCCUGGAAUACAGCUGCCUACUUUGCUGAAAAGCUUCACUUGGCAAUGAAGGGCUUUGGGAAUGACAGUGACACCAUGACUAGGAUCAUCGUGAGCCGUUCUGAGGUGGACAUGAAGAAGAUCCUAAAGGAGUACAAGAGGAUGUAUCAGAGGACUCUACAGGAGGACAUUCUGGCUGAGACUAAAGGAGACUUUGAGAAGAUUCUCCUGGCGCUGUGUGGAGACAACUGAGCUCCCAGCCCUCCACUCUGUCCACAGCGAGGAUAUCAAAGUAUGGGCCAUUUACGUCUGCCCUCUAGUCUGUCAGAAGAGUCCGUCCUCUUGGUUGUUCAUGUUACUGUGAUCCCAAGUCAUAUUUUGAGAUAUCAGUUCUCAGGUGAUGCAUCAUGGAGAGAGCUGUGUGUAACAGUUUCUAAAUAACAGCUAAUAAUAUAAUUAAGUGUUUCAUUCAUUACAGCAUUUUCUGUGUAGUGGAAAAAUGUUGCCUUGAGUUUUUGUGUUAAACUAACUGUAUUUGUCAUCAUUUUUUUGCUUUUGCGUUUGCUUAUGAAAUAAUAAAGGAGUGCAAUUUAAAUCCACCAUGAAA